GACACCAUCGCCACAUGUCAGUCAAUCAGCUGAGAUUGCCCCAGCCCAGUGUGAAGUGAAAUUGUGAAAUAAUUCAAUUUAUCUCCAAGAACUUCCAAAUCUACCUUACUCACGCACGUGUGUGAUUCUGACUCUCGAGAUGGACGAAGAGACUAAGAAGAUGAUUGGUUUUCUGCGCCCAGUGCUGGAUGCGAGUUCAACAAACUCUGCAAUGAAGCCUCCUCCACCAAAGGCUCCAGUGAAAGUCGAACUUCAAGUUCUGCGGAUGAACGAAGACUCCCAGAAUUUGGUGAUGGAGACUCUGAGAGAGAUUCAUGGACAGGACUUCGAGUUAGAGAGUAUCAGUGCUUACAGGGACAAGGGAAAUCGUCUUAAAAAAUCUUACUGGGAGGAGAGAGGUAAUCUGGUUAUUCAGGGUAUCACUGACUUUUCGAAUGUGCCAAAAACUGGCUCCUCCGCCGAAGAUAUGAUGAGAUUCUACGCCAUCCGGAAGAUUGAAAGUUAUGGUUUCCACAAAAAUCACUGCCAAGAAGCGCUAGAGUAUACGAAAUGGGAACUCGAUGAUGCCCUAAAAUUACUCUAUUGCAAAUAUUUUCCACCGCCCAUAGCGGAGAGUCCUCCUCCGGAAUCAUCUGUCACAGAAAAUGAACUUCUGGAGAUGCGAGAAGAUGAAAAAUCUGCCUUGGAAUCGAUCUAUGAGAAGAAUUUCGAGGAAAAAGAAAAGAACAGGGUAUGGCAAUUGAGACUCAAGAUAGAUCAUCUUCUCAUUCAUAGUCCCUCAGAAAAGAGGAAGAUAGAUCUGGAGCUGGAAAGAAGUAAAAAUGUGCCUAAAGUGAAGAAAAGUGUGGAAAAAUGUAGAAAUUUUGCACGUGGAAAGUGUAAAUACGGGGAAAACUGUAGAUUUUCGCAUGAAGUUGAAAAACCUCCAGAAAAACCUGUUGAUAAGCACGCCAAGGAUGCAGAAAACUGGUUCUAUCUGGAAAUACGUUUUCCCAAUGACUGUAAAUAUCCCACUGAAGCUCCUCUUGUACUCCUCAAGACAACCUACCCAGAUUUUCCCAGCACCCUGUGCCUGCGUUUGAUGAGAAUGCUGGCCCUGGAAGCACGAAAAGUCGCUGAGGAUGGCAUGCCAAGCAUCUAUACUCUGUCAGAAUUGCUGCAAUCGAAGGAAGAAGUAGAGGAAUUUCUACGAAAUGACUUAGCACCUUUUCUCCAUCCAAAAGUCUCAAUAUUCUACGUUCCGGACGAAGCGAUAAAUGGGGUGGAAGAGAAGAAGAAUCUCCCAUCGCACUACCAGAAAGGAUCUACAGGUAAAUCUGAGAGAGAUUCAGUCUCCAAGGAGGAACUUCGGAGAGAAAAUGUCCGGUUAGUACGGAAAUUUGAGGAGAAACAGACAAAUCCCAGCUACCAGAACAUGAUGAAAGUCCGACAAUCACUCCCUGUCUGGGACAAGCGGAAAGACAUUCUCGGAUUACUGGAAAAAAGUCAAGUGGUUGUGAUAAGUGGUGAAACAGGUUGUGGCAAAAGUACCCAAGUGCCUCAAUUCCUACUCGAUCAAUGGCUCACAUCAUCAAAGAAUGGGAAAAAUGUCCCUCACGUGGAGAUCAUCUGCACCCAACCUCGACGCCUAUCAGCAAUUGGAGUAGCCCAGAGAGUUGCAGAUGAGAGAGUCGAACGAAUAGGAAAUUCAGUAGGAUACCAAAUUCGCCUAGAGAAUAAAAUAUCCUCAGCCACUCGACUGACCUUCUGCACCACAGGAAUCCUUCUUCGACGCCUUCAAACCGAUCCUCUCCUGGCCACAGUGACAUACGUCAUUGUAGACGAAGUUCACGAAAGAAGUGAAGAGUCUGACUUCCUCUUGCUCAUACUCAGAGAACUUCUUGAAAAACGCUCAGACUUCAGAGUGAUCCUAAUGUCAGCCACUCUCAAUGCUAAAAUCUUCUCAGAAUACUUCAAAGGUGCCCCUGUCCUGGACAUUCCAGGCAGAACAUUUCCCGUGGAACAACUCUUCCUGGAGGAUAUAGUGGAGCAGUGCAAUUAUGUGCUGGAAGCUGAUUCUCAGCAUUGUCGGAAACUCAAAAAAUCGGAUGAACAAGAUCUAUUGAAUGAACUUGAAUAUGCCGAUGUGAUUGCCUCCAAUGCAGACCCACCAAGAUCCAUCCGGGAUGAGAAUCUCAAAUUGUCGGACUUUUACGCACGAUAUAGAGACUUCUCCAAGAGGACCUGCAAUACAAUGUUUCUCAUGGAUCCGUUGAAAGUCAAUCCGGAACUGAUAGAAUCCGUAUUGGUGCACAUUGUCAAGGGUGAACAUAAUUGGCCUCGCGAAGGAACUAUCCUCAUUUUUCUGCCCGGUCUUGCUGAAAUUCAGGCCGUACACAAUUUCCUCACUGACAAUGCCCUCUUCAGUCCCCGUACGGAUAAUUUCGUCCUGGUACCUCUCCACUCCACACUUACGAAUGAGGAACAAUCGAUGGUGUUCCAAAAGGUGAAGGCACCUAAACGAAAAAUUGUCCUGAGCACAAAUAUUGCCGAAACAUCGGUUACCAUCGAUGAUUGUGUCUUUGUCAUUGAUUGUGGACACAUGAAAGAGAAGAGAUUUGAUUCGAAUAGAAAUAUGGAAUCUCUGGAGUUGGUUUGGGUGUCUAGGGCAAAUGCAUUGCAGCGAAAAGGUCGUGCAGGAAGAGUGAUGAGUGGUGUGGCUAUUCAUCUCUUCACUCGUCAUCGCUACACAAAUCACAUUCUCAGUCAACCGGUUCCGGAGAUACAUCGUGUGCCGCUUGAGCAGCUUCUGCUGCGCAUUAAAACACUGCCCAAUUUCACUAGUCGAACGGUGGAGAGUGUUAUUGAGGCGACAAUUGAACCACCAACACCGGAGAGUAUUUCAUCGGCCAUUGGGCGUUUGCAGGAUGUGGGAGCACUUGAUUCUCAGCAAAAUCUUACAGCUCUUGGGCAUCAUUUGGCCACGCUGCCCGUUGAUGUGCGCAUUGGGAAAUUGAUGCUCUUUGGAGCUAUUUUUCAAUGUGUGGACAGUGUACUGACCAUUGCAGCCUGUUUGAGUCAUAAGUCGCCUUUUGUGGCGCCAUUUAGCAAAAGAGUGGAAGCUGAUGUGAAGAAAAGGGAACUUGCUGUUCUCAAUAGUGACCAUUUAACAGUUCUCAGGGCUUAUCAGAGAUGGCGUGAAGCCAAUAAACGCAGCAGAUAUUCCGGAAGGUGUUUUGCCGAUGAGAAUUUUCUUUCAGUACCCACCCUUGAGAUGCUGAUGGAAAUCAAGCAGCAAUUCCUGGAACUCCUUGUGGCCAUUGGUUUCAUCCCAGUCAAUCUUUCGGGUAGACACAAUCGGAAAUACCAGGACAAUGUGCUGGAUAUUACAGGGAGUGAGAUGAAUAGCAAUGGAGAUAAUUAUAGGCUUCUCACGGGUAUUCUCUGUGCAGCUCUAUAUCCCAAUGUUGUAAAAGUUCUCACGCCAGAAAAGAAUUUCAUCAUGAGUGUGGGCGGAGCUGUACCAAAAGUCGCUCUGCCAUCUGAGUUGCGGUUCAAGACACGCGAGGAUGGCUAUGUGGCUAUUCAUCCAUCUUCUGUCAACUCAACUGUCGGACAUUUCAACUUUCCCUUCCUGGUGUUCCAGGAAAAGGUGAAAACAUCAAGGAUUUUCAUCAGGGAAUGUACAAUGGUACCCCUCUUGCCACUUGUUCUCUUUUCCGGAUCUGACAUCAAAAUUGAACUUCAUGGUGGAGAUUUUAUAAUUCUCCUCGAAGAUGGAUGGAUUAUGCUUCAAGCGGCAAGUCAUUCUGUGGCUGAGAUGAUCAAGUGCCUGAGGAAGGAACUUGUGGAACUUUUGGAGCAAAAAAUCCGCGAUCCUUGUCUGAAUUUGUUGCAUCAUGAGAAUGGCAGCAAACUCAUUAGCACAAUUGUUCAACUCCUCACGAGAGAAUGAACUAUAAAAGGAUUAGGGGAAAGUGCCCAUGCAUUACACGGCCCCAAGAGUUUUUCAAUAAAUGUGGCUCAUAUCUUCUAUAUUUUAAAAACUAAGAGAAAGUGUCUUGUUUUUAAAAUAUAAUUGCAGAAUCGUAUGCAUUCAGAAGCAUAUAGGAAAAAUUUAGUCAUUGUAAAGCUUGGGACCGUGCAAAGCAUGGGCACUUUCCCCUAUCUGGAUUAUCCUGUAAAUAAAUCCGAGAGGAAAAACACCUAUUUUUGCUAAUCGAAAAGGCAAAGAACGAAAAAAAAAUAAAAAAAAAGAAAAAUUAUAAAAUGA